AUGUUCCGACAGAAGUUCAUCUAUUAUGUGAAGAAUAUCGCUCAAGUGGACACUCUAUUCGAAGCAUCGUUCACGUCACUGUCGGACUCAGGGAAACCGUUUUGUCGAUGCGGCAAAUGCAGGCGAUAUAUGAAACUAGUCGCCACGAGACCGCAACGUCUUUUCUGUUCCACAUGUCAGGAGACCUAUUCCGUGCCGAAUUUCAAGGAUGGUGUUCUUCGACCGUACGGAGAAAAGAAGUGUCCAUUGGACGAGUUCGAGCUCGUCUAUUGGCAUGAGACCUAUUCCGUGCCGAAUUUCAAGGAUGGUGUUCUUCGACCGUACGGAGAAAAGAAGUGUCCAUUGGACGAGUUCGAGCUCGUCUAUUGGCAUGGUUCCGGCGGAAAGCUCGCGAGAAGCUUUGCAUUCUGCCCAUUUUGCUACAAUAAUCCACCGUUUGAAUCAAUGAAGGAAGGCGAAGGAUGCACAAAUUGCCCUCAUCCUGGAUGCCCACAUUCGUACAUGACAUCCGGAGUUUGUGGUUGUCUUCAGGAAUGUGGAGGAGUUAUGGUAUUGGAUCCGCAAUCUCAUCCCAAAUGGAGAUUGACGUGUAACCGAUGUCCGUCAGUGGUGGCGAUGUUCGAUGGAGCUCUGAAAUUCCGUGUUUCGGAAUCUUCAUGUCCAGAUUGUCAGGCGCGUAUCGUAGUCGCAGAAUAUAAAGACAAAAGCCCUUUGCCGGAUGGCAGGACCACCUUCAAAGGAUGUAUGUUCUGCGAUGAAAGCGUCAAGGACCUCGUGAACCUGCAUCACGCCUUUCGAGAUGAAGCUGACCGCAUGCGGCAGCAAUCCCAGCGAGGACGUGGAAGAGGACGGGGUCGAGGCAGAGGCACGACCAGAGGUAUAACCAGGGGCGGUGGCCGAGGGGGCAAGAAAACCAGGGUUUGA